CGCACUUGAAUCAUUUUAAAUCGAUUCCGCAGUCGUAAACAGGGUCGUGAAUAAAAUGGCGCCGCGUGACUCAAGCCAGGUAUCAAAGCCCUGCUCGUGACACGGUCAGAGAAUAGGUCUGGACGUGGAGAGACAUGAGUGCCCAUUAUGGAGGUGGUAGAGUUAUUCAAUAAGUUCAACGAGAGCCUCGGAUCAUACAUAUUCUCAAGAUGGAUUGGAAGAUUUAUAGAGGAAUAUCAGACAUCGAGGACAAUUUUUGUAAUCGCCACAACUCUGCUUUUGGGUCUCCUGGUUACGUCGAUCUUUGUGUUGCGCAAAUGGAAGAACAAAGAGUUUUUGCCAGAGGUGAAAGAGUUUGUUGGGGUAGGCACGGGAAAGCCGAGGUUCAGGAAAAGAGACAAAGUUCUCUUUUACGGCAGAAAAAUGUUGCGCAAGGUAAAGUCCAUCGGGGGCCAGGUACACGCUACCGGGCAAGGAAAAAAGAGGAGAGCAGUUAUGAGAUUCGCUCGCCGUUUACUACAGCUUAAAAAGGAUACUGCUCCGCAACAACUCAAGGUACUGGAACCACCUGCGGAGUACCUAGAAGAGGAUUUAGGACCUGGCGAGAGAGUGCCAUCGGAUGCUUUAUACGUGCUGCAAAGUAUUAGAGUGUUCGGUCACUUUGAGAAACCAGUAUUCCUCAAGUUGUGCAAGUACACGGAGAUCAUUGACCUACCCGCUGGCAGUACGCUGUUCAAAAUCGGAGAUCCCGAUGAGAAUUUAUUUAUAGUACAACAAGGUUUGGUGAAUGUCUACAUUACUGGAUCCGAUGGCUCUCAAAUAUCGUUGAAAGUAGUGAAAACAGGCGAGUCGGUGACGAGUCUCCUCAGUUUUACCGAUGUACUCACCGGUCACACGAGCACAUAUAAAACAGUGUCAGCAAGAGCCGUAGAGGAUUCUGUUGUAGUGAAGUUACCAAUGAGCGCAUUCCAGGAAGUAUUUCAAGAUUAUCCCGACGCCUUCGUUCGAGUUAUGCAGGUGAUUAUGGUGCGAUUGCAGAGAGUUACCUUCACGGCUCUGCACCAGUACCUCGGUCUCUCCGCGGAAUUGGUCAAUCAAGGAUCGCACAAGAAGAAGCAAAGUCCAUUCUCAGGCUCACCGGUGCGGUCGAGGACCAGGGAGAACUUUACCUCGCAGAAUAUGGAAAGCGUACCUGCGUUUCCAAUCGGUUCAUCGGAAACGCAUGAUACUAGCGACACUCUGCAUCGCGAUGCAUCUGGUUCGAGCAGUUCUCAGCCCGUGCCGAUAGUCGUCGAUAGAAAUCGACGAAAGAGCACUGUUGACUGGAAGAACCAAGGCUCCGGCACGCAAUCGGGUCAGAGUUCAGUGGAUAUGGUACCAGAAUGCGACUCUCACUGGGCAACUUCAUCUCCGACGGCGUCCCAGUCGAUGCACGGAUCCCAUCCAGAAACCUCUCAUUCAGGAAGCGCUUACGUCAAGAAACGUCACAUGAGCGACGCGGGGCAACAACAGCAACUGGACGAAGCGCACCUCGUGCAGAUAGCCACCGAGGCGUUCGUUCGUGAGCUCGGUAUAGAAGACGAGACGGUACUGAAAGACAAGGUGCAAAUCAGAGAAGUGCUGGUUGGCACUUAUCUGAUGAAGGAAGAAUCUCACAAGGACGUAGCCCUUGUGUACGUACUUUCGGGUUCGCUGAUAGUAAGCCAACGUGUUUCGGAAGGCCGGGAUGCAGGUCAGGAAGUACACAUGUUCAGUGCUCACCAAGGUGAGAUUGUCGGAGGCUUGGCAGUGCUGACCGGCGAGCCGUCCUUUUACACGAUCAGAGCGAAGCACGCGAGUCGCAUCGCGCUACUCAGCAAGUCGACGUUCUUCGCUAUCAUGCGGGAGCAACCCACGGUCGUAUUGCACGUCGCGCACACCGUUGUUCGCAGAUUAAGCCCAUUCGUAAGACAGGUGGACUUUGCGCUCGAUUGGUUGUUCCUUGAAAGCGGUCGAGCCGUUUACAGGCAAGGCGACGAAUCGGACUCGACGUUCAUCGUGUUGAGCGGACGAUUACGAUCGGUAAUUACGUAUAAAAACGGAAAGAAAGAACCGGUAGCGGAAUACGGAAAAGGCGAUUUAGUGGGAAUCGUAGAGAUGGUCACACAGACUCCCCGCUCGACGACGGUGAUGGCGGUCCGGGAUUCUGAGCUGGCGAAAUUGCCGGAAGGUCUGUUUAAUGCGAUCAAACUCAGGUACCCAAUCGUUGUUACGAGACUGAUCAAUCUUCUUGGCCAUCGUAUACUCGGCACCUGGCAGCAAGCGCCCACGAAAAACGGCAGCAAUGACACUCGGCGUGCGGCAGCAACUGUAGAUGCCAGACCCGCGCAAAUAAAUUUCUCGACUGUCGCAAUAGUGCCCGUUUCGGACGAUGUGCCAUUGACUGCUUUUACCUACGAAUUGUACCACUCCUUAUGUGCCAUUGGACCUUGCCUUCGUCUAACGUCAGAAGUCGUGAGAAAGACGUUGGGAACGACUAUCAUGGAACCUGCGAAUGAAUAUCGGUUGACUUCCUGGCUCGCGCAGCAAGAGGAUCAGCACAGAAUUUCGCUGUACCAGUGUGACUCGAGUUACACGCUGUGGACUCAGCGGUGUGUAAGGCAGGCCGAUUGCAUCCUCAUCGUCGGCUUGGGUGAUCGGCCGCCGUCAAUCGGCCGAACGGAACGCGAGGUGGAACGACUGGUAAUGCGAACACAAAAGGAGCUGGUGCUGCUGCACAAGGAGCAGAACGGCCAACGACCCACAAAUACAGUUCAGUGGUUGAACAUGAGAUUAUGGGUAUCUAGUCACCAUCACAUCCAAUGUCCAAAGCGGAUGUUCACCAGAAGGUCGCAAUAUAGAAUCAAUGAACUAUACUCCAAGGUGCUCAUGUCCGAGCCAAACGUGCACAGCGAUUUCAGCAGACUCGCACGAUGGUUGACCGGCACCUCGGUUGGCCUUGUGCUGGGUGGCGGCGGUGCGAGAGGGGCUGCCCACGUAGGUAUGCUGAAAGCUAUCAUCGAAGCGGGCAUACCCAUAGACAUGGUCGGUGGUGUCAGUAUCGGCGCCUUUAUGGGCGCGCUAUGGUGUAUGGAGAAGAACAUCACCACCACCACGCAGAAGGCCAGAGAGUGGUCCAGGAAAAUGACGCAAUGGUGGCGACAAAUUCUGGAUUUAACUUACCCGAUGACUUCAAUGUUCUCCGGCAGAGAUUUCAACAAAACGAUACAGCAGACCUUCGGCGAUACCUACGUGGAAGAUCUGUGGCUGCCGUAUUUCACUAUAACCACAGAUAUCACAGAUUCCUGCAUGCGCACGCAUAGACACGGUUUGCUAUGGAGAUACAUUCGUGGCAGUAUGACCAUUGCGGGAGUCUUUCCUCCUAUUUGCGAUCCCCUUGAUGGGCAUCUUUUGGUCGACGGGUGUUAUGUUAAUAACGUGCCAGCUGACGAAAUGUUGCGGCAAGGAGCGCAUCACAUUCUGGCCAUCGACGUCGGUUCGCAAGAUGAUACCGAUCUGACGAAUUACGGGGAUUCGUUGUCCGGUUGGUGGUUACUGUGGAAGCGGUGGAAUCCGUUCGCUACGCCCGUGAAAGUGCCAAAUCUGCCAGACAUACAGUCCAGACUGGCGUACGUAAGCUGCGUGCGCCAGCUGGAGGAAGUAAAGAGUUCGGAUUAUUGCGAAUACAUCAGGCCGCCCAUUGAUAAAUACAAGACUCUCCAGUUUGCCAACUUCGAUGAGAUCAAGGACGUAGGGUACCAACAUGAAUUAAAAUUAAUCAUUCCAGGAAAAACUUAUUUCGAGGGUCAGUCGAAAGCCGGAGUUCUGCCUCGAUUUAACGCUGAUCGGGAAAAUGCGAGAGCUAUGCAAGCGAAGCAUCAAGCGGCCAAUCAACAAUCACCCUCCUCAUACACUUUCACCGAUCUUGCACAGAUGGUGUGUAAAGUUUCGCGCGUUAGCCGAUAUAUGGACAUAGAUUCCGAUUCAGAUGAACUGGAGGAGUACGAGGCGGACCUGGAAGAAGACGCACAAGAAGUGGGAUACGCGUCCGAACCUACUGCCGGUAUUCUAGACCAGAGUCCUGAGGAUAAUCGUAUGAGACGAAGGACCGGUGCUUCACUCAGCCUGUCUGACACCGAAGCAGAAUCUGAACUAGAUUACCAUCCAAAGAUUUUUUAAAUAUUUAGUUAGGAUCGUAUGUAAUAUCUCGUAUCCCAUGCUACACGACUUGCCUAAUCGGACAAAUUAGCACAAAUCUGUAGCAAUGCAGAACUUCGCAAUUGAAAUGUUCUUUUUAUUGUGAACGAUUGAUCUGCAUUGAAGUACAAAAAUAGCUGUAAAAAAGCGUCAUCAUUAAAAUAUUGCUCCAAAAUUAUUCUACGCGAGAUAUGUACAAUUGUUUUUACAUCAUAAGCAAUUAAUAUGAAUAUUGUUAUAUUAUCACUAUUAAGUAUUAUAUAUAUAUAUACCUAUUAAAUAUAUAUAAUUCUACGAUUUCUUUAAAAAAGAAACUGUUUCUUGUUCAUUCGACAGUUUUCCACCAUGUUUUCGCAAAUAUACUGAUGCAUAUC